AUGUCAGAGAGGAAAGCUAUAAACAAGUACUAUCCACCCGAUUACGACCCCAUAGCAGCAGAAAAGGCACUGAAGAAGAGUGCCAAGACACUAAAGACAAGACAGAAAGAUGUUGUUACCAUUAGAUUGAUGACACCGUUCAGCAUGCGCUGCUUGAAAUGUUCAGAGUACAUCCCGCAAAGUCGUAAAUUUAACGGCAAGAAGCAACUAUUACCUGAGAGGUAUCUGAAUACCAUCAAGGUUUUCCGAUUGAGUAUUCGGUGCCCGCGAUGCAACCACGUGAUCAGUUUUCGCACAGAUCCCAAGACUGCCGACUACGUGAUGGAGGGCGGGGCGGAGCGUAACGGGGGUAAGACGGUGCAGGAGCAGGGGCAGGUCGAGUCCGCGGAACAGACGCUCGAGCGGCUGGUGCGCGAGCGCAAAGCCGCGGACCACGCGGCUUUGGGCGGCAAUAGUGGUGAUCGCCACGAGCAGCUGGAGGCGCGGCUGGCGCAGACGCAGCGCGAGCAGCAGCAGGAGGAAGAGCUUGAGCGGCUACUGCUGCAACGAAAGCGUGUGCGCAGCUCCCAAGGAGAUAGCGGCCGAGAUAGCAGCGAGAACGAGAGUGAUCUCGAGCAAGCCGCGGAAGCAGCUUUACAAAAACAGAGCCGCCCCUUCCGCGCCCUGCUACCACCGCCAGCACCGGUGCAGUCGUCCCGCGGAACAAGAGAGCCAAGAAGAAGAACCCACUUGGGGUGCGGCGGCGGUCGUGAUCAUCGCGUACGUCGGGAGCAGUAA